AUGGACAUGAGAUGUAAAACGUAUGAUAUGUCAUGUGAUGCAUCUAGUAUAAUUUAUUCACCAAUUUGGUUGGAAGGUCCUCGAUGGAUUAGGGAUGAAGGUGCAGAACAAUGGACACGUAAUGGACCAACAAAAGUUGCUCUUAAAAAACUUCACAAUUCACAACUGAUAAGUAAAGAGUCUCUUAAUCAAAUUUAUGAAUUUCACCGGGUUUUACAUUUUGGAAGUAUCGCAAAUUUUUUUGGAAUAACCAAAGAUCCUUCCUCAAAUUACAUGUUUGUUAUGAGAUAUUAUGAGAAUAGAGAUUUGCAUUCAUACCUUGAUGAAGCACAAGGAAUGUUUUGUUGGAGACAUAUUGUUGAAAUGCUUUGGAGAAUAUCAGGAGGAAUUGAAUAUAUCCAUGAAAAUGGACUUAUUCAUGGCAAUAUUCAUGGAGGUAAUCUAUUGGUUGAAAAUGAAUUAGAUUUAAUUGAUAUUCGUAUUUCUGAUGUAGGGUUAUAUGGUCCAGUUGGCAAUAAUAAUCCAAAUGAAGUUUAUGGAGUUCUUCCUUAUGUAGCUCCUGAAAUUUUAAAAGGAGGAUUAGCAACAAAAGCUUAA